UGUCAACUUCAGCUGAUAAAAUGUCAAAAAAUGUUGUCAUGUCAAUUUCUUAUCACUCAAAAUUGACAUAACAUUUAAUUUUAUCACAAAGAAAUAGCAAUGUAAGGUAAUAGAAUGUUCAAUAAAUAAACCGUGCAUUUCCAAUACAAUAAUGGCACAUUCCGUUAAUACCACUCCGCUUCUCCAAGAAGUGGACUCUUCAGACAAUGAAAAUGAUAUUUUAGAAAAUACUGAUGUUGUUAUACGGGAUAAUAAGCCUUUAUUUAAGUCAGCUGAACCUAAGGACAAGUAUUACAUGGCGUAUCUAAUAUUUUAUUUGUUGGGGAUGGUGACAUUGCUUCCUUGGAAUUUUUUUAUAACAGCUGAUGAUUACUGGUUGUACAAGUUUCGCAACAUUAGCAAUAAUGAUACUUACUCAGUAAGUAAGAGAACCCCUUUACAAACAUGUUUCACUUCAUACAUAAGUGUGGCUUCAGCAGUUCCAAAUUUAGUGUUUUUAGUUUUAAAUACUGCACUGACGCAUCGAAUAUCACUUCAUAAACGCGUCAUAGGAUCACUAAUUGUUAUGUUAGGUUUAUUUAUAAUGACAUUGGUUUUUGUCACUACUAAUACAGAUAAAUGGCAAGACACCUUCUUUAUUGUAACAAUCACAACAAUUGUACUGUUGAAUGUUUGUAGUGCCGUUUUAUCUGGCAGCAUUUUUGGGGUGGUUGGACGCUUUUGUCCCAUCUACAUCACCGCCACUUUGGGUGGACAAGCUUUAGGUGGAAUUUUUGCAGCCUUGGCUGAAAUCGCCUCACUGUCAAUUGGAGCGUCUUCAGUCCACAGCGCAUUCGUUUAUUUCCUUAUCGGCAAUUUAACGAUUCUAAGUUCUAUCAUUUGUUAUGUAAUUUUAACAAAAAGCGUCUUUUUUAAAUUUCAUUUGUAUGAAAGGACGAUUGCCCAAAAUGAAUUUGAAAACGAACUACUUAGGCCAAGGAUAAUUGAACAUAAAAUGAUUUUGAAGAAAAUAUGGACUCAUGGCUUGUCUAUGUUUAUGGUUUUUGCCAUCACACUCUCAGUUUAUCCAAGUGUUACUGUUUUGGUGGAGUCAGAAGGGAAGGGGCAAGGGCGCAUAUGGAAUGAUGUUUAUUUUGUGCCCACUAUAGCAUAUUUGUUGUUUAGCGUGGGGGAUUACCUAGGCCGAAUUUUGGCGGGAAGGAUUCAAAAGCCCAAGAAAGGUUAUAUUUUGCUAAUUUUGAGUACAGCCAGAUUUGUUUUUAUUCCACUCUUGAUGUUGUGUAAUGCCCAACCUAGGUCACACUGGGCCGUUGUUUUUGACCACGAUUAUGAAUAUAUUACAAUACUAUUUCUUUGUGCAUUAUCAAAUGGUUACUUGGCUAAUAUAACAGCUAUUUGUGCUCCUAGAGUUGUAGAGUCACAUGAAAAAGAAACGGCGUCAUCUAUGAUGACUGUUUUUAUGGGCAUUGGUCUGGCUCUUGGAUCUGGAAUUAGUUUAUACAUGGUGAAGCUACUCUAAUACUUAACAUUCUUUUUUAUCCUUACUGCCAGUAAUUGUGAUAUUUAUUACGUGUGACCUAAAUUUACUCAUUAGGGUUAGAAUCAUCUCUCUGGACGUAAAUAAAUCAUAGUUAAAAAAUUGUUUUAUUUAUUUUAAUGUGACUGAAAAUAAAAUAGCAUACAAACUUC